AUGACAGUGGAGCUUCAAUUGGUAAACUACCUCACCGUGGAGGAGGCGGACUGUCUCAAGAAGGUGGCCGGGUUCACGGACGUGCGGGACAAAACGAACUACAUACUCAAGAACGCAGACUUCUACUCGACCAAGAUUAUCUCGCUGCUUGCAAAGGCGCCGCACGACGACAUUGUGCGGUUUGUUCUUGUUUCUCUGAUAGACACGAUGGUGGCCCCUAAGUCGACGUUUUCGAAGAACAUCCUGAGCAUCGCGCACCUGGACGCGUCGCUUCCGUACCAGCCGCUGAUCAAGCUGCUGGGCUCGAACGACGAGUCGAUCAAGCUGAGCUCCUCGUACGUGCUGACUCUGCUGCUGAUCGACGAGAGCGAGUCUCACGACGGCCAGGAAAAGGUGCUGCGGCCGCUGUUUGAUUUUCUGUCGGCCAGGCUGCUCAGCUCGACGAAACUGGACCUCAACUUCUUCUCGAUCCAGCUGUUGAAGGAGCUUCUCACCAUCAAGCAAUAUAGAGCGUUUUUCUGGGACAACCACGAGACGCUGUUCCCGCCGCUGCUCAAGGUGUUCACCGAGAGACGCGGCGAGCUGCAGAUGAAAUACUACGCGACAAUGUCGAUCUGGCUAUUGACAUUCAUCCCGCAGGCGCUCGAGGACAUCGAGACGCAGUACCGGGAGCUCGUGGGCACGCUGUACGUGGUGGCCAAGGACGCCGUGAAGGAGAAGAUUGUGCGGCUUGCGAUUGGCUCGCUGCUGAAUUUGCUGAGCUUGAAGAAAGGCCGCGACCAGCUGGUGAAACAGUUCCUGCUGGUGAAGGGCCUGGAGAUCACAAAACAGCUCAUCGAGCGGAAGUGGGCCGACGAGGAGCUGAAAACCGACCUGGAGACGCUGCUGGAGAUCCUGAACGAGGCGGUGACCACGCUCACCACGUUCGACGAGUACGAGAACGAGCUCAGGACCAAGAAGCUCAACUGGUCGCCGUCGCACAAGUCGGAGGAGUUCUGGAUCGAGAACGUGGACAGGUUCAAGGAGAACAACUGGAAGCUGCUGAAAGAACUACUGCAGCUGCUGGACGCGUCGGCAGACCCAGAGCAGACGUAUCUGAACCAGGCGAUCGUGUGCUACGACGUGAGCCAGCUGAUCAAGGUGGCGCCGGAGGUGGUGAAGGUGCUGGACAAGAUCGGGGCCAAGGCGAAGAUCAUGUCGCUGAUGAGCAGCGCAAACACCAACGUCAAGUUUGAGGCGUUGCGCACGACGCAGCAGCUGGUAGCACGCUCGUUGUAG